AUGGCGGAUUUGGGGGCCCAGCGUAACCGGAACUACCGGCCUUAUGGCGCGGCCUCAUCCACACAGCGAGAUGCUGCAUAUUCCGACAUAUUUGGCGGUGCGCCACCACCAGGCCGUUCCCAGACGAUGACCUCGCAGACUCCCCAGCUCCCUCAGGGUCGUGCUCACACUAUGUCGUCGCAAGUGCCGCAGCCCCAAUUUCAUCGGCCGCCGCCCCCGCCAACACGACAAAUGCCCAACGGAUAUGGACCGCCACAAUCUGCCCCGGUGAAUGGGUACACCCCUGCGCCGCCUUCCGGAGGAGGUUAUCAGGCAUACAAUCCAACUAGUGCGACAAUGAGUUCACAGCAGCCGCCGCGACCGUAUCCGGGACGUCCCCCCGUGUACCCUCGACCUCAUCGCGUGGACUCUAGACAAGGACCGGCCCCCCAAUACGCGGAUCCCCGUGAUUUCAGUCGCCCUAUGCCUCCACCUGCCUUAAAUUCCGAUGCAGGAAGAUCACGCUCGAUGGCCAAAUUGAGUGGACCGUUUCAACAAGCCCCGCCCACGCCGAGCAAUUUCAAUCACACAUCGGCGAUCGCUUCUCGCCGAGAACCAUACCAUGCUGGAGCUCCAACAAUGACUCAACUAGGCCGACCAGUCCCAGAAAGACAUGGCAAUGAGCGAGCCAUGUCGAUGACCAGCUACGCGUCAGCGCCGGAUCACACCCACAUCAUGGGCAGUGGUCGACAAAUUCCCCAUCGACGACCACCAUCCGGCCAUGAACAAUCGACUCCUACUAGGUUCGAUUCCAUGCCUGCGAAAGUCGGCGAAGCAUAUGCCAAUGCUCGCCCGCCCAGUGAUGCUUCAACACGAUCUCGUACUAUGUCGAUGGCGUCGACCAUUAUCCCUGAUCGCACGAUGAGCGUCCAAAGCCAGUCAACGCAACAAUCCGGGCCAUUGCUUGUCACAAGUGGCUCGCAGCGCAGAGUCCCCGUGGUUUACCCCGCUUUGCUUUCCCGAGUCGCUGAUGUGUUCAGAGAAAAGAUCUCGCUCGGUGAGCGUCAUAAGAACGGCCUGUCGUAUCAGAAUGCUUUCUCGGGUACUGAUGCGGUUGACUUGAUUGGUUCGAUUGUCAGAACAAAUGAUCGAAACCUUGCUCUUCUCUUGGGUCGAGCACUGGAUGCUCAGAAGUUCUUCCAUGAUGUCACUUAUGAUCAUCGUCUUCGAGAUGCUCCCGGUGAAGUAUAUCAAUUCAAGGAGACUAUGGGAGAGGACACUCUUAGCUCGGAGGUUAAUGGCGUUUUCACACUCCUUACUGAAUGCUACUCUCCAACUUGUAACCGAGACAGUCUUUGCUAUUCCAUUGCAUGCCCACGACGACUGGAACAGCAGGCUAGGUUGAACCUGAAGCCUCAGCCGGUACUGAGAACCUCGGGCUCCAAGGGCAGCCUGCACAUCGACGAUGACGAUGAUAAUGAUAAUCAAAAGCUCUGGAUCAACAUGGUUCCGAAGGAGGUUUCUGAUACGUUGGAUGACCGUGAGAAGAAACGUCAAGAGAUUAUUUUUGAGAUUAUGUAUACGGAACGCGAUUUCGUCAAGGAUUUGGAAUAUUUACGAGAUUUCUGGAUGCGUCCCCUGCGUGCCGCAGGUCCGAACCAGACUUCCCCCAUUCCCGAGCACCGGCGAGAAAAGUUCAUUCGAACUGUAUUUGGAAAUUGCUUGGAAGUGCUCAAGGUCAACGGUGGCCUGUGUGAAGCUUUGAACACACGACAGAAGGAAAGCCAAAUUGUUCAGACUGUUGGUGAUAUUUUCCUUCAGCACGUGCCUCGAUUCGACCCAUUCAUUAAGUAUGGUGCCAACCAGCUCUACGGAAAAUAUGAAUUUGAGAAGGAGAAGGCAUCGAAUCAGCCAUUCUCCAAAUUCGUUGACGAUACUGAGCGCCUGAAGGAGUCUCGAAAGCUGGAGUUGAAUGGUUACCUCACCAAGCCCACAACCCGUCUGGCUCGAUACCCCCUUCUUCUUGAGUCGGUCUUGAAGCAUACUGCGGAUGACAACCCGGACAAGAAAGACAUUCCUGAGGCCGUGAAGAUGAUCAAGAGCUUCCUAUCUCGCGUCAACACUGAGAGCGGCAAGGCUGAAAAUCACUUUAAUUUAGUGCAGUUAAACGCUGCCCUUAAGUUUGGACCAGGUGACUAUGUGGAUCUGAAACUUACCGAGGAAAAUCGACAAAUGCUCUCGAAGAUGGCGUUCAAGAAGACCACUGCCGAGAGCUCAGAAGUAACCGCCUAUCUCUUCGACCAUGCGGUCCUUCUUGUUCGCAUCAAGAUUGUGAACAAGCGUGAAGAAUACCGGGUUUACAAGAAACCCAUUCCCCUUGAGUUGUUGGUGAUUGCUCAAAUGGAUGAGGUCGUUCCACGCCUGGGAAUUGCAAAGAGACCCUCAUCCAGCCUUUUGCCCAAUAAAGCUGCGCCAAAUCCCCCUCCCGCCAAAGAUGGUGGCUUGCCAAUUACAUUCAGACAUCUUGGUAAAGGAGGGUAUGAACAGACCCUGUAUGCCACAUCUCCGACUCAGCGACGGAAAUUUAUCGAAAUGGUGGAAGAGCAACAGAGAAAGCUCUGGGAGCGAAACAGCAACUUCUACAACAAGACAGUCCUUUGCGAGAAUUUCUUCUCUGCUAUCAACCGUGUCAAUUGUCUUGUUCCAGUUGAUGGAGGUCGGAAAUUAGUAUAUGGUACUGACAGUGGUAUCUACCUAUCUGAUCGCUGGCCCAAAGACAAGUCAGCCAAACCUCGUCGGGUGCUAGAGGCCAGCCAGGUUACGCAAAUUGAUAUUUUGGAAGAGUAUCAGCUGCUCCUGGUACUGGCGAACAAGACUCUCUCAUCUUACCCUAUGGAAGCUCUUGAGUUGACAGAGGGUCAGAAUGCGAUGGCCAAGCGUCCGAAGAAGAUCCAAGGUCAUGCAAACUUCUUCAAGGCGGGCAUUGGUCUUGGGCGGCAUCUUGUUUGCUCAGUGAAAACCUCGGCAUUGUCUAGUACUAUCAAGGUCUACGAGCCAAUGGACAACUUGGCAAAGGGAAAGAAGAAGUCUGCGGUGAGCAAAAUGUUCCAGAGUGGGCAGGAUACAUUGAAGCCAUUCAAGGAAUAUUAUAUCCCAGCUGAAUCGUCUUCAAUCCACUUCCUGCGUUCAACACUGUGUGUUGGCUGUGCUCGAGGCUUUGAGGUUGUCAGUCUCGAAACCACAGAGACACAGUCUCUAUUGGACCAGGCCGAUACCUCUCUUGACUUUGUUGCACGUAAGGAAAAUGUGAAGCCCAUUCACAUUGAACGCAUGAAUGGAGAGUUCCUUCUGAACUACAGUGAUUUCUCGUUCUUUGUCAACCGCAAUGGAUGGCGAGCUCGUCCAGACUGGAGGAUCUCAUGGGAGGGUAACCCGAACGCAUUCGCCCUGUCUUACCCAUACAUUCUGGCAUUUGAGCCCAACUUCGUUGAGAUUCGACAUGUUGAAACUAGCGAACUGAUUCACAUCAUGACUGGGAGAAAUAUCCGCAUGCUGCAUUCUUCCACCCGAGAGAUCAUCUAUGCAUAUGAAGACGAGAAGGGUGAGGAUGUGGUUGCUAGUCUGGACUUCUGGAGCAAACCCCAACAAGUUUAA